AAAGACCAUUAACUUUUCCAACUGGACAAACAUUUAACUAAACAAUUGUUUUAACCUCCACUGUCAAAAAAAUAAUAUCGUUCCAUAUUGAUAAUGUAAAAAAGAACAUUAAUUUAGAUAAAUGAAGUUCUAACAGCACUUUCAUUUUUGCAUUUCUAAUUUAUAGCUGCUUUUAACAGAAAUUGCAAAAAUGGAAAGCAAAUUUUCAUGAACAAUAGUAUGAACGUAACGAUCGGAAUACAAAUGGCAGAAUACGCUUGUUAUAUAAAAGUUCAGUUUACUCUUAAUGUUUGAUCGAGAAUUAUGUCCUGCUGCAGAAGAACCGAGAAAUUUGAACAAUUUCCUUGCGUCGGUUGUUGUGGCUAUGAACAACUGUGAUACUGAAGAUAGAAGAUGUGUGAUAUCAAAUCCCCAAACUCAUUACUGCUUUUGUCAAAUUUGCGGAGGAUGCUAUGCUUACGAUGAUGGCAACAAUUGUCACUCCAAUGUUAAUACUACCAUCAAGAAGACAUAUACAAACCUAUGUCAGUGUGCCGAAGAAAUAAUGUGGAAUAGCGGUGUACCACCUAAACCAGACUGCAGAUGGUUUACAAACUUUUCUGAAUUACGCCGACAGUGGAGUAAUCAUGCUCGCCAACAAAAUUGCAAAUGUUGUAAGUGUAGGCAAAGGUAAAGCAACUCUAGCCGGAGAAUUUUUUAUUGAAAAAAUAAGAAAAAAAUUGCAUUUCUAUCAAGCUCGUGACAAUGAAUAACAACAUGAAAAUUAUUUAUUGGAACAAUAUAAAAAAUGUCAUUGAGGUAUGCUUAUAGUUUAUCUGUCUUCCAACUUGCAGUGACAAAUUUUUGAUACAUUAAAAAUAAAAAAAUAUGCUACGUGGGGAAAUGUAAGAAAGUAUAUAUAUUACAUUUUUAGAAAAAAAUAUAGUUGAAUCGUUUAAUAAGUGGCCAUAGUAUAUUUUUUAUGAAAAGAUUAUUCUUUCCAGAUGAUUUUUUAGAAAGAAGUGGAUUUCGUAGUUUACCUACCACCCUUCAAAAUUCUAAUGAAAAUUCAGCAGCUGGAUUUAAAAUCGUAACACAUUGUAGACAAAAGGAAUUAAUAUACAAAAUGAUCGAUUC